AUGUCACUCCAUGCCCCCGCCUCAGCCUCCCACCCCCUUGACCCAUUGCACGCGGGGAGAUCAAGGCUGCCUCGCAACUUUUGCUCCGGCGCUUGGGUUGCAACCUUGACUCUUCCCUACCUUCAUCACGGUGGCCUGGCGCCUGACCGCAAAUGCAGAGUCUACUAUCAUCGCCUGAAAAGUCCAGUCCUCUCAAUUGCAAUCGUCAACAUAACCAAAGGAAUCGUGGAGCGGACCGAUGACGCACCUGACUCUCAAGGGCCAGUAGACUGGGUUGAAUAUGAUUUAGUUCACAAGGCCUGCCUCUCCAACCCCCAAGUCCUUGCUGAAGUGGCAAAGUUGAAGCUCCCUCCAAAUGCUAGAAUCGAGAACGACCCCUGGAGCUUUGGUACCGAUAACCUUCACGAGCGGCGUCGACUCUUCCAGUGCUACAUGUAUCUGGCCCUCAAUGAUGACCCAGAGUCAAACCAUUACUCGAUACCCCUUCCCCUCGCUCCUAUAUUUGACGGCAACACACUGGAGUUGGUUGACCUACAACGUUUGCCAACUGGCGCAACCGAUGAGCUCGACUCUGAGACUCAACCCUGGGACCCAGUCAGUGCGGUCGAGUACAGCGCCGACUUGCUUGGACCUAAUGCUUUCCGGAAGGACCUAAAGCCACUCCAAGUCGUUCAGCCCCAAGGACCUUCAUUCGCUGUUCAAGGACGUCACAUUGAAUGGCAAAAGUGGUCCUUUCAGCUUGGAUGGAACAUGCGCGAGGGACCUGUGCUUCACGAUGUUCGAUAUGAUGGACGUUCACUCUUCUACCGAGUCUCAAUGAGUGAGAUGACGGUUCCCUACGGCGAUCCUCGUUCGCCGUACCACCGAAAGCAGGCCUUUGACCUUGGUGAUUCCGGAUUUGGUCUUACCUCCAACUCUUUGAACCUGGGAUGCGACUGUCUCGGUCACAUCGCGUACUUCAAUGGAAUCAGGGUGACAAGUGGUGGUGAGCCUGUCGUCAUGCCGAACGUUGUCUGCAUGCACGAAGUGGACGAUGGCAUUGGAUGGAAGCACACGAACUUCAGAAAUGGCAAGUCGUCUGUUGUGAGAGACCGCCAACUCGUGAUCCAGUGCACUGCAACAGUAGCCAAUUACGAGUACAUCCUCGCAUUUGUUCUUGACCAGGCAGCCAAUCUCCACAUUGACGUCCGUGCAACCGGUAUUGUCUCCACAAUGCCGAUUCGCAAAGGCGUCCAGGUUCCAUGGGGUACUGUUGUGGCCCCUGGUGUGCUCGCCGUUAACCAUCAACAUUUAUUCUGUCUACGGGUAGAUCCAUCUUUGGACGGGCCCAAGAAUACCGUUGUCUACGAGGACUGCGUUCCUGUGGAGCAUGAACCCAAGCUUAAUCCAUCGGGAUGUGCCUUCAAGGUCCAUACGACUCCGAUCAACAAGCCCGGCAGCUAUGACCUCGACCUUUCUAAGGGUCGAGUAUUCAAAAUUUUGAACGAGUCUAAGAUUAACGCCAUCGCAGGGAAGCCUGUUGGCUACAAACUGCAUCCUGUGCCCAGCCAAAUGCUGAUGAUGGGACCGGAAACCUUCAACUACCAACGUGGUGUGUUUGGCUCUAAGCCCAUUUGGAUCACCAAGUACCGCGACGAUGAGUUGUGGGCAUCGGGUGAGUUCACCAACCAAAGUCGGGAGGAUACCGGCUUGGCUAAAUGGGCUGUGCGGGACGAAAAUGUCCAGGAUGAGGAUGUCGUUCUCUGGCAUAGCUUUGGUACAACCCAUGUUACGCGAACUGAAGAUUUCCCCGUCAUGCCCAAAGAAAGAAUGAUGGUUUCGCUGAAGCCCGUCAACUUCUUCAAUCUAAACCCCUCCAAUGAUGUUCCCAGAUCUUCCCAGAGCGAUAACAAAUCUACCCUUUAUCAGAACGACUCGAUCUGUUGUUCCGCCAAGCCCUCACGGAUGUAA